AUGCUGCUGAAAGUUAUUUUAAUUUUGUGGUGGGCACAUUAUUGCUACGCAGAUAUACGAUUACCUAAAAUCCUACGACCAUGUAAACUAAGUGAUCACAAAUGUAUUGGAGAUAAUUUAGCGGCGAAUUCGUUCUGCAAGAUUAAGAAGAAUGGAUACCUUCCUUCUAAAUACGUUCAGGAAUCUCUCCACUUUGACACGCCAUACUUCAACGCGUCAUAUAUCGACCAUAAUUUAAUCAUCAGAAAUCAAGACAAGUGCUAUGUUUCGGAAUUUUUCUUUAACACACAGACGGACAGAGUGGUACUAUCCCUGGACUGUCCGAACUUGGACUUAGAGUCAGACCGAACCUUCAUCCAGCACAGAACUUAUCAAGAAGACACCUAUUAUCAUUACCACAUCAGGGGCGUAUAUCCUAUGAUUCAUAUAACAAUGAACUUUCCGAGCAUGGACCUGUGUUCAGCGAGCAUCUUCACCGACGUCGCCCAGAUGCCGAAAUUCCACAUCGACCCUAAAAAUAAACCAACAGCUAACCACCUGGCCAAAGACCUCUCCUACCUCCAUAUCUUUGAGAGGGAGAACUGCCACGCCAGAGGGCCAGGCCUCGCUUAUAAAUUCAUCGAUUCUCUGAUCUGUGACUACGGCUGUCCAGUGCCUAAAUGA